AGUGUAGGCUGCUCUGUGGAAAAGAUAAAUAGCACACGUGUGGUGCAAUAGGGCAACUAGUCCUUCCCGACUACAGAGGAGAGUACAUAGAGAUAAUACAAGAUAGAAGUCAGUGAACAGAAGCUCUGUAACAUCAAUGGCUGGAGAGAAGGAACAGAGGAUCCUGGAGUUUGUGAAGCAGAAUGCAGUGAGAGGCGACCCUCAAAGUGUGGUGGAUCAUAUUGAUAAAUAUUGCAGCCAGAAGGAAUGGGCCAUGAAUGUGGGAGAUGAAAAAGGUCUAAUCCUGGAUAAUGUAGUCAAAGAAACUGACCCAUCCCUGGUGCUGGAGCUGGGCACAUACUGUGGGUAUUCUGCUCUUCGCAUAGCCCAGAUACUAAAGCCUAAUGCUUGUCUAAUCACCAUUGAAGAGAAAGCAGUUUAUGCCGCUGUGGCCAGGGAGAUGAUUGAAUUUGCUGGACUCAAGGAUAAGAUCAAAAUAAUAGAAGGCUCCACAGAACAAAUCAUUCCAGGGCUGAGAGCAGAUUAUGGUGUGGAGAAUGUCAACUUUGUAUUUAUUGAUCAUUUUAAUGAGCGAUACACUGCUGACACCAAAUUACUUGAAGAAUGCGGGCUACUCAAGAAAGGAUCGGUGCUAUUAGCAGACAAUGUCGUAUAUCCUGGUGCUCCAGAUUUCCUGAAAUAUGUAAGGACAAGUGGUCGCUAUGACUGUACCAACUACCCAUCUCACAUAGAAUACUCUGAAAAGCCAGAUGCGCUGGAAAAGGCUGUUUUUAAGGGGUAGUGGUCAUCCAUGCAACGGAACCCGUUAACAAAAAGCAUCCUAAAUACUCCGAUAGAUGUCAUCUGAAAGUACAUUACAAUUUUAAAUAAAAGUUUGCAAAAAGUAUAAAGUGAGGCCAAACACAAUUCAAAGUGCUGAAAGCAUAUCUAACACCAAAAACAAGAAUUGAAUAUAGUGCUGAUAAUCGGUCCUUAGAUGUGGUGUCUACAUUAGAUGUUGAAUUUAUUAGACUUGGUUUUUCUUUAUGAUCAUUUGGUGAUACUAAAAAAAAUUAACAUUAUUUCUGGCUGUCUACCCUCCAUUGUAUCUAUAGAAAUUCCAUAGUUGUCACACAUGCUGGACUUUAAACAUGUCUGCCUUUGUUCACCUUCAUUACAUGGUGAAUUGAUGGAACAGAUAGUUUAAACAAGAUAGAUAAGGAUGCAUGUUCUUUUUACGUCCCAGGAAGCAAGAAGGAGACUGGGUUGCUGGCAAGAGCAACAAGCAGUUUUUAGACUUGCUAAAAAUAAAAAUAAAAAAAAAGUGAAAAAAGAAAAAUAAUGCAGCCUUCACAUCUCUAAGGACUGGCAACCUGCAAUAUAUUACACUUUUAUUUUUGGGUUUAGGUAUGCUUUAAGUCAUGUUCUGUCAGCUACACAUGCAUCCACCACUACCAGGUGUAUCUUGAACUUAACAGUAAUUUGAGCGUGAGCGUAUAUAAAUAUAGUAUGUUGACACGUGUUACAUUUUCAAAGAAGAUGGACACCAGCAGAAGCAAGGUGGCGGAGGCCAUGUUGGUACACCCUGGACUGCGCAGCACUAAACCUUUAGGCUUUCAAAAUUAAACAUGCAAACAGCAUCACAGAUAUCAAUAUACUAUAUUUAUUUAUAUACAAAAAUAUACUGUGAAAUUCAAGACAUAGCUGGGUGUACUAAGAUGUCCACGGCCUUCUUCUGACUGCAAGUGUUCUUUCAGACGAGCAAACCUGGUAGUGGUGGAACGCAUUCACAGCUGACUGACUGUCACUUCCUAAUCUGAACACCGGCAAUAUACUUAAAAGAUCUCUUGAUUUGAUGGUUUCAAAUGCUCUUUUGUGCAAGUAAAUGUUUAAUGCAAAGAAAAAAAAUUACUCCGAUGAAAAAUGAUUGUUCAUUGAUCAAAUUGCAUAUUUAGUGAAAGCUACUGAAUUAACAGUUGAAAAAAUCAUUAAUUAUUCUUCUAUUAUAUUAAUCGGUAUAUGGCCAACUAUAUCUGAUCUCAUCACAGUUCAGAAUGAAUAUUGAACAUGUUGACUAGUUAUGUAAUUAAAGUCUGAACCGUAAAUGUUCA